GUUAUUAAAAAUAUCAUUAAAGCAUAUUUUUAUCUUAAUUAUGACGUAUCAGAUCCAAGGACAAAUCCAUGGCCAUUAAUGUACACACCAUGGUCAACUUUAGGUAUUUUAAUUGGAUAUUUAUAUUUUGUAUUUAAAAUUGGUCCUAAAUUUAUGGCAAAUCGUAAACCAUACAACCUAGAACGAUUACUUGUGGUAUAUAAUCUGCUGCAGAUAUUAGCGUGUGUUUAUAUUGUCUAUAGGAACAUAGUUUUAGCAUGGGGAAAAUACAGUUUUCUCUGUGAACCAGUGGAUUAUGAAUCAAAUCCAGAAUCAUUAGAAAUUGCAUCAUUGAUAUAUUAUUAUUUUGUAAUUAAAGUUAUCGAUUUAUUAGAUACGGUAUUUUUCAUUUUACGAAAAAAAGAAAAUCAGGUAACAUUUUUACAUGUUUACCAUCAUACUGGUAUGGUCGGAUUGGGAUGGGCUACUACGAAAUUUUUAGCUGGUGGACAUAGUAUCUAUGUAACAACAAUAAAUUCAUUUGUACAUGUUGUAAUGUAUACAUAUUAUUUAUUAACAGCCUGGGAUCCAGAAUACAAGAAAAGUGUCUGGUGGAAAAAACAUAUAACACAAUUGCAAAUAUUCCAAUUUUUAACAUUAAUGAUACUAUUCACACAAAUUGCAUUUAUACCCGGCUGUAAUUACCCAGUUUGGACAAUGAUCGUAUUUGUACCACAGAAUCUAUUCAUGUUAAUAUUAUUUGGUGAUUUUUAUUAUAAAGCCUACAUUAAAAAGAAGCCAGCAGCAUCUGAACAAAAUAAAAUUGAAGAAUCAACACCAUCAUCAUCGAAUGCUUCUACGUCAUUACCAUCGUCUUCCUCAUCAGAUGUUAAACACAAAAGUAGUUGAAUUAAUAAUUAUUAUAUUUAAUCUGCGUUAUUUAAUAAUAAAAAUU